CUAAAAUUGUGCAUAAAUUGUUUGAAAUCUUUUAAUUUCUUGUGUAAAAAAAUGUUUCAACACUUAGUAUUGUCCUCCGGAAAGAUGGUUUCAGCGUGAUAAUGGUUACUAGAGACUUUAUUGAAGAUAAAUCGUGGAUACAACAUCUAGGCCACUGAAGAAAACUAAACGAGUUACGUAUUCCAAACCGAUGGAUAAGCAAGAGGAUAAGUGGGAUGCCUUAGCUACUAUUAAAUCCUUUGACUUAGGCAUAGCACGCAACAGUCACCAUGACUCCAUCUUACACCAGAGCACGCAGCAGAUUGAACUCGUCCAAUCACAAGCGACCACACCGAUCAGCCUGCUGGUCCAGUCACUAGUCAAACAACUAUGCGCUUUACUAGAAAAAGACAACUCCAGGGCCAACCUGUUGUACAACACAAUCUGUGAGAAGUUGCACAGCAUGAACUUGAUAGACGAUUCGUACGCGAUGGGAGAAUUUGAGGUUAUGAGGAGUCAGUAUCAACGGGCCUUAUACCAGCUAGUGACUGUAGCCAGUGGGUCCGAAAUACCCAUAACUUUACCAGUAACAUGGCCUAUAACUAGAUCAGGGUUAGAAUGGUCACGUUACCACAAAGAAUUUGAGGAGUUGUUCUUUAUAGCUGGAGGUGGUUUUGGCAGCGUUUUCAAAGCUCGACACAGGUUAGAUGGAGUGGAAUAUGCUGUCAAAAAAGUUUAUAUCAAAUCCUCAGAUGUAAACUCCAUAAUGUCGCAUUUAGCAGAAGUUAAGACUAUAGCGAGUUUGAAUCACCCGAAUAUAGUGAACUAUAAAGCAGCCUGGUUAGAACCGAUGGUGGAAUCUACGGUUAAAAAGAAGAAGAGGUAUAAAAUGGAUAUGGACAAUGACGAUUUUUCUCUGGGAUCCGACCAUCAUUCCUCAGUGUACCCCAACAUGAUGAAAUCCUUCAAAACAUAUAACCCAAAGGAUUUAACGACAAACCACAGCCAAUCCGACUUCGUUAUAUCGUUUAAAAACUCAAAUAGUUUCGAAAACACAGUCAGUUCUGAAGAAAUCGAUUCGGAAAGCGAUGAAGAUUCUGAUUUCGAGGAACAAAAUGCUGUAUGCAAAUUGUUAUCCGGGAAGGAGUACGAAAACUGUUCGAGGGUUAACCUCAAAUGGGCGACCUUAUACAUUCAGAUGACAUUCUGCCAGCAGACCUUAAAACAAUGGUUGGACGAGCGUAACAACCACAUGUUACUAACUAGGAAGAACUCUGAUGAUAUGACGUUGCACCAUAGUGAUUCAAAUGACUCCACUGAUUCUGCUACCCUUGAAAAUGCGUUUCCGAACUAUCCCGUCGCUUGGACACGUAUAGAAGUUAUAGUAGACAUGUUCACUCAGCUAGUGAGGGGGCUGCACUAUAUACACUCUCGCGGUAUAAUACACCAUGAUGUGAAGCCUAGCAACGUGUUUGUGGAGCAGAGCGAGAGUGGAAUGCUGGUGCAGUUGGGAGACUUUGGCUUGGCCUGUCCACUGCAGCAAUCCCAUAGUGGGUUAGCUCUUGGAACUCACUUGUAUGCUGCGCCAGAACAACUCGACGGACAAUGCAAUCCUAAGAGUGACAUGUACUCCCUCGGCAUAAUCCUCCUCGAGAUGGUAGAACCAUUCAGCACAGACAUGGAACGCGUAAAGACCAUCACAGACCUCCGCAAAGGGCAAAUCCCCGCCCACCUCACCGCAAACUACCCAAAAAUAGCCCACAUCAUCGGAAAACUAGUCCAAAGACGUCCCAGCCGACGUCUAGACACGAAUAAAUUACUGGAAGAGUUGAAGACACUCUCUGAAAAUAAAGACGACACGAUCAGACAGUUGAAAGAAGAGCUGGCGGCCAAGGAAGACGAAAUUGCCAAGUUGAAAAUGAUGCUCGCGAAUUUGAAUUUUCGUGCGUAAGUAGCGUAGUGCGUAACAAGAACCAAAUAAACUCUCUAAUGACUGCUUUCACUCUCAACCGUUUUUACUUGCACCUGUACUUCACUAGAAAUCAACUUUUUCACUUCCGCAAAAGACAAGAGACAAUACAAUCAGACAGUUGAAAGCAGAUGCACCAGCGAAGAAUGACUUGAUGAUGAUUUUAAUUGUCAAGUUGAAAAUUUAGUGUGUAACGCGAACAAUUUCUAUCGUGACUGAUAUAAUUCGUGACUUAUUUCACUCGUGACCUAUUUUUUGCGACUGAUUUCACUCGUGACCUAUUUUUUGCGAGUGAUUUCACUCAUGAUCUAUUUUUUGCGAGUGAUUUCACUCAUGAUCUAUUUUUUGCGAGUGAUUUCACUCAUGACCUAUUUUUUACGAGUAAUUUCACUCGUGACCUAUUUUCAUCUCCCGUUUAAUGGACUGGCGGUUUUAGGUCAUGUUUAAUAAUCAUAAUUUAACUGCGAUAAAUUUUUGUUUUAAUUUGUAUUUUGAUGGGUAGUUUUUAUGUUGAAUACCGGCCCAAAUUUUUUUCUUUUGUCAUUGACUUACUAUACAAGCAAGACUAUUUUUUGCUAAGAAAAUCGUCUCAAGUAAUGUGAUAGAUAGCAAUAACGAAUUCACUCUAAUUUAGACGUUAUUUCGCUCAAUUUCAAUUGAAAACAAUAUCUACAAAACUGAAGGAAAAACAGGAUAUUGACUGUGGGUCUUGCUGUUAUAGUAAAUCAAUGCUAAAGUAUUGAAUAAUAAAUCAUUAAUUUAUAUUUUGUGAAGUCCAAUAACAUAUCUAAUCCUUUUCAAGAUGAUCAAGUAUUUUUUAUAACAUUUUCGUGAACUAAAUAACGAGAUUAAAAUAGUACAAGAAGUAACUGUGACUUAAUGACUUAAUUAAUAAAUGAUUUAAAAUACUUUGACUACAAUACCAAUUCCAUUUUUGCAAAAUUAAAGUUGGAUGAUUUAUUUUGGAAUGUUAUUUAUUAAGUGAUUUUCCUAUUAAUUAUAUCUGAGUUAAAUUGAUUGCACAUCUAUCAGCAGGCGCCGAACUAAAGGUUGAUUUUGACAUUUAGCAACAUGAUCGCGAUGUCAUCUCAUAUGCAACUGUUGACAAGUUGUUUUGAUUUUAUAAAUUCUUUAUUAUCAUUUAAUAUUUUACAAAGCAUAACAAAAUAACUAUAUGGAAACUUACAUUUUAACCAUACAAUAUUGAUAAGAAACUCAAUAAACUCAUGCACAAUUAUUAUUGCGAUACACUGUUAUUGAGUUUUCUAACGAUACGAUAAUGUGAUUCGACUAUUUUAUACUGAAAAAAUCGUCGCGUCAUCGCGUACGACACGUACGACGGGCGCUUCCUGUUAGAUGUGCUAUCAUCUUCAGCGUCUCAUCGAAAUAUUUUUUAAUGAAAUAAUGAUUCCACAUUUUGAUGAGACCUGUUGUAGUGAUCAGAUGUACUUAAGAAUAAGUAUUUUAUGCGUGUGUGUGUGUGCGUAUGCCAAUAAAUGAUUUGA